AUGACUGCGCAUGCCCUGUGCUCUUUGUUGCAGGAAGAGAAAUGCAUUGACAUGACAAGUUUUCAAGAUCUGUAUAUUAUAGUCACGGGAGCCAAUAAGAUCUACGGGGCUUCCGCUGGUGCCCUCACCGCGUCUGUGCUCACCAGUCAGGCAUCGAUAUCACAAUGCUGUGAGGAUGUAAUCAAUGUGGCAAAGGAGGCUCGCAAGCGUAACCUGGGCCCCCUUCACCCCUCCUUCAACCUGGUCAAGGGGCUCCGCUCGGGCCUGGAUCGUGACCUGCCCUCUGAUGCGCACAAGCUGUCCUCCGGGAGACUGUGUGUGUCCCUGACCCGUGUCUCUGAUGGGCAGAAUGUCCUGGUGUCCCAGUUCAACUCUAAGGAGGAGCUUGUACAGGCCCUGAUCUGUAGCUGUUAUAUUCCAGUAUACUGUGGUCUGAUUCCCCCAGCUUUCCAGGGAGUGAGGUAUGUGGAUGGAGGGAUUAGUGACAACCUCCCCCAGUCAGCGCUAAAGAACACCAUCACAAUUUCGCCAUUCUCGGGCGAAAGCGACAUCUGCCCUUGUGACAGCUCCACCAGUUUUCAUGAGCUGCGCUUCACUAACACUAGCAUCCAGAUGAACCUGGGCAACAUGUACCGUCUCAGCAAGGCCCUUUUCCCCCCUGAACCAAAGAUUUUGGCCGAAAUGUGUCAGAGUGGCUACAACGAUGCACUACGCUUCCUAAAAGACAACAAUUUGAUGAGAGUGGAGUGUCCAACCACCGACCUUUCUCUAACAAAGACUACCCCCCCCUGCUGCUGUAAGCCUACCCUAACGUCUACCAGGGAAUGGAUGCUCCGGAGGCUCCGCUUACUGCGGGAGCGCCACUGGUGGUUGGAUGAGCGGAAUGUCAACAACCUGCCACAUCCUAUCAAGAAGGUAUUCUGUAAGGCAUGUCAAGAGAAGCCCGGUCUCUAUUCCAAGAUGACAGAGUUACUCCCGGUCAGAGUUGCAUCCUACAUGCUGUUGCCAUACACUCUACCUGUAGAGUCAGCCUACUCAGUUGCACAAAGGUUUAUAGAGUGGAUCCCUGAGGUUCCUGCAGAUGUGCGUUGGCUUUGGGGGGUGGCUGGGGAUGUUUACAGGCAGGCCUGGAAGGGAGCCACAGCAGAACCCAACAGUGAGCCCUACAUGAGGAAUUGCCUGAGUUUACCACCCACUUUAGAGCAACACAUGAGCAGAGACCGGCCGCUGUCGCUGUCUUCCCACUGCCAGUACUGAGAAAUCCCUACCUCUUUAUCUACCUUAAACUUUGGGCCCAGAUUAUGCACCCAUAGCCUCGCCCCACAACAGAUUAGCUUUUUUGAUGGUUCAGAAGAAGAGCCUGAAAGUCCCAUGCACCCAUGACUUUUGCUGGAAUAUCAAGCUCUUGCCCCCACUCAAAUUCCAGCCAUAAGGCUGGAUGGAGUGUGUGAAAA